AUGAACUUAACAUGGGACUCCAACAAUGCGAUCAAUCAACGCGUGAACAAUUCCGACUCGUCUCGGAACACGGCGACCACGUCCACAUCGUCCACGCGUGCACAUAUUCAAACGCAGCUUGUCGCUGUUCCUGGCUCCGUCGUAGCACCGUCUGGAGGUCACGGCGAAGAUUUCGAUAUCGACGACGAGUUUUCGUCGCUGACCUCCAAAUUAACGACUGGGAGAAUAUCAUUAGAUAUUUCUCUUCAGAAGGACACGCAAUCAAAAACAGCAAAGGCGCACGUCCUUAUGGAGGAUUACGUCUACGAGCUGAAGAUGUACAAGAAGGAGGACAUUCGCAACUUGGACAAAUCGCAAUGGUACACCCGUGUCCACGUCAAGGCGGUGGGGACUGUGAAACAGGGGCAUCCGACCAAGAAGAAGCUGGACGGAUUGGUUGGAGAUCUAAUGGCCGACUUGAAAACAAAAUCCAAUCUUCGCAUGGAGAAGACAUUCACCUAUGGCCAAAAACACUAGACCAAUUACUAUUAACUUAUCCGUGCUGCCCGCCAGACGCUUUUUUCAAUAUUAAAGAAUUUUAUAAUAACCCUAAAUUAAAUUUUCUGGACGAUACGUCUAAAAAAGUUAGAGUCGCCCUGCGCAAUUGGUGUGCCCGUAUCGCCGAAUGGUCAAUAUCGGAUUUUGAUAAAUUUUACAACACCCCCGGCGUAUUUCCAUAAUUCAACGCUUACGCUCGC